AUGCCGACUCACUCGCUGCCGCCGUUUGUGGAGAGCCCCGAUGGACUUGCCCAAGAUAUCCUCACUAGUAACAAUGCAAGCGUCCCGGGGCCUGGCUGCAGCAUGACGCCACACGCCAUUUACUCAGAAAAGACUGUGUUGCAACCCGGAGGAAGCGCACCGCUCUUGUGCAUGUUCUGCGAUCAGACCUUCACUCAUCAGGACGAGCUCGGCCCCCACGUGUUGGCGCAGCACCCGACCACUUUCUUCGAGCCGGCCGUGCUGCGAGUGGAAGCCGAGUUCCGGAUCCCCGGAGAGCGAGCCCGGCCUAAAAAGAGCAACUUCCCCGUUGACAAAGAGGAGGUCCACUGCUGUAUCGUGUGCGGCCAGCUGUCGCACGAUGCCGCCGAGCUGGAGACCCACAUGAGGAAGCACAAGGACUACUUCACCUACUGCUGCAACGUCUGCGGCCGGCGGUUCAGAGAGCCGUGGUUCCUCAAGAACCACAUGAAGAUGCACGUCAGGCCCGGGGCCAAGAGCAAAGCUCAGCAGGACCUGGACGCCCCGGGCACCGUCAACGGCGUCGCCCAGGACGUCUCCUCGGAACCCGUUGUCACUGUUUACAAAAUGUGCAUGGUGUGUGGCUUUUUCUUCCCCGACCACGGCAGCCUGGCGGAGCACAGCAAAGUGCACAAUCGAGAGUCGGAGCCCGGCCGAGAUAAAGACGCGGACGAGAAGAAAAUGGACGCGCCCGCCGAAUCCCUCGCCAAGCAGGAAACUUUCCUUCACGGUCUAAACCUGAGGCCUCGAUCUCCGGGAAGUGGUUUGCGAGAUGAGAGGUCAUCCAAGUGGAUUGCCCAGCUGGAUCCCUUCAACACCUACCAGGCGUGGCAACUCGCCACAAAGGGCAAGGUGGCGGUCGGCCCGAACAACAUCAAAGACAUCGGCCAGGAGGCCAGCACGGACAACGAAGAAUGCGGCUCCGACAAGGAGGAGUUGAGUCAAAUUUGGGCGGAGGGACAGGGAGACAAAGCUGCCAAAGGGGUCCUCGGGAGGGAGCUCCGGCCUCAGCAGCCGGCCGCGGCGGAGAACGCGGGCCCGCAGCGGCGGUCUCUGAUGCAAAAAAGCAAGGUGAAAGAAAGGCCAACGACUUGUGAGGACUGCCAGAGGACCUUCAGGACCUACCACCAGUUGGUCCUCCACUCCAGGGUCCACAAGCGGGAGAGGGGCGGCGAGGAGAGCCCGACUUUAUCCGCCGACGGGAAGUCGUCCAGAGCGGGCUCCGUUGAGCACGCGGAGGAGGGCUGUGAGGAGGGCCUGGAGGAGGCCGCGCUCAACGACAACAUGGCUCCAGGUGAAGACGGGUUCGACCGAUCGAAGGUGCGAUCGAAAGCCUGCAGUUACUGUGGCAAAUCAUUCCGAUCAAGCUAUUACCUCACGGUUCAUCUGAGGACUCACACAGGUGAGAAACCGUUCAAGUGUGCUUACUGCGACUACGCCGCGGCCCAGAAGACUUCACUCAAAUACCACCUGGAUCGCCGUCACAAGGACAAGCCUUCCGUAGACAUUCCCAGCAGACCUGUGCCUUCAGUGCCGUCUCCCGACGAUAGAAAACAUGCAAAUGACAAUGAAAAUCCUGCCCCAAAUAGAUCCAAACUCUGGGUUCCCGGCGCCAGAUCGUCCGCCAACGGAGCACCGGAGGACGGAUUUGAUAGCAAAGGUAGCAAGCUCGGCAAGCCACCCGUACAGACGAGCGCCGAGUAUAAGAAAUUAAUCACCGCGUCUGCUUCCACCGUGACUGACGCAGCCGUCAAGUGUCCCAAACCCGUUAACCUGAAGGUGGAACGGGAGGAGAUAAAAUACGAGAACUCUGAGGGCCCGUUAAAUCUGUCCUUAAAAGUGUCCAUCUCCAUUCCUGCCAGUGCGGAACAGAACGCAUUAAUCCCACUCGGCUGUUCGCUUUGUGCGUAUAAAACCAUGUACCCGGGUCUGAUCAUGCACAAGAAGCUCAGCAUAAAGACAAGUCAGAGCCUGCAAAAGCAGCGGAUUCGGCAGCCUGAAAGAGAAGCGCACACAGGCUGCCCCCCCGCUCUGGAAGGCAGAGACGUCGGCCCGCUUCCGCUGGUUGACCGGCGCCACCCUCGUCGCACCCAGUCGCCGCCCCCUCAACCUGCAAAACCCCAAGAGAAGACGCCUGCUUACGCCCCGCCCCCCCCGAAGCGCUCCCCCGCGCAGAGGGCCGCGGACGACACCCAGCACACGCAUCCCGGCCCGGAGUCCUCCAGGUACACGGAGCUCAUGAUGAGGUCCACGGCGGGGAGCAAGUACGCCGCCGACCGGUCGGCCCCGCCCCCAGACCGAGUGGGAAUCGGCGAGAGGAGCUACCCGGCGAGGAGCGUCAUUUGGCACUCGGACGCCGCCAGGCUGUGCCUGUCGAGCCGGUUCGGGAGCCUCCCCCAGAUCGAUUUCGGGGAGCCUUCCAGCAAGAGGCUGAAGUACGCGGCGCCCAAAGGCCGGGAAGCGGACGGCGGCGAGAAGCCCGGCUUCAGGGGGCCGGCGGGCAACGUGUCCAACAGGCUGCUCCUCUCGGGGAGGAGCCAGAAAGCGCCGUCACAAAUGCCGGGCGCCUCCACCGUUGCCGACGCCCUGGAUGCUCUGAAGACGACGUCGGCGGCCAUCGGGGGAGGCUUGGACUCUGAGUGGGGCAUGAUGAACCUCCUGCGCUCCUACACCCCCAGCGACCUGGCGUCUCUCUAUCACGGCUCGCCGGCCAACCCGGGUCACGGAGGCCUGGCCAAUCCGAGAGCAGGGGGCAGAACAUUGCUGUACCAACACUUACCCCCCCUGCCCAGCCUUCAGAGGAGAGACCCGUCGGGCCCUUAUCCUAAUCAACGCCACGGGACCACUGACAAAACUACAUAAAGGUUGAAACAUAUUUUAUAUGCAAUUUAGAGCUUCUUUAGUUUUUUUAUUUUUUAUUUUCAAACCCUGAAUAGUUUACCUGGUACUUGAUAUAAAUCAAUCAGGUCCUAAUUAGAAAAUAUAAAAGGUAUAUUUUACUUCUCUCUAGAUCCUGCUGCUGCUCCCUUAUUCUGGAGAACUUGGAGAAUUUGUUGAAGAUUAAGAGAUGUUUCACGCUCAAAGUGUCUAUGUUCCUCUAAUUUAUAAUUUUUUUCAAUAGAGGGAAAUUGCGUUGCAUAGACAUUUCAUGGAUGAGGCCUUCAUUGUACAUUUUUCUUAUUUUUGGAAUGAAAAAGUGCCGAGCAUCUCUCUUUCGGAAAAGGUAUUGCACUGGUGUGCACUGUGACAUUUGUUUGCAUUCAGAACUGUUGCUUGAUCCAUAUUUGACCCACACUAAUGUUCAGAUAUCUGUAAGUGUCUGUGACAUAGCGGUAAACUUGCACGUGGGACAACAUAAAUGUACCUGAAAGCUUUCGGUACAUAGAUUGUAUAAAGUAAAAACUUGCUAAGAAAUUGCUGCUUCAUUCACUUACCGUUUAUGUCCAGGCAGUAAUUAAGCACUAUUCACCCCCCACACCUUCUCCAAUGCACUGAAGGUUUGGGAUUUUUCUGUUUAAUAACUCAAAGGCCCAGAGGUUUACAAACGAACCCUGGUAACGAGUCCCGUGUACGUCAAAGUGCUCUACCUCAUUUUGUCCCCUGGACGCCAUUAUUUUUGCAGAGCUGCAGCAGCUCUCACGCCAGCCGAGCCGCUCGUCGACUACGGCCCGAUGUUCCGCGGUAGAACUGCAGGGACGUGUGUGUUUGUGUGUGUUUUGGGUGCCAGGCGCCACAUGGAACGCAGACCCAUGAGGUGCGGAUCAACUGCUGCAGAGUCCAUAUCAACCUCUGGUCUACAAUUAACUGCUCCGCCGGGUUGGGUUCUAUCGACCCAGUCUUUUCCAGGUCUUUUUUUUUUUUGUCUUCUGGAAAUCAUCUGCUUUAGUGGACUCUCAAAUCCAUAAGCUGACAUGUGACAUGUACCAAAUUUGACACGUUCCGUUUUGGGUAUUAAAUUGUCAUGCUGUAUUAUUUAGGCUGCACAUUUAGUCACUUUUCAGGAGGUUCGCCUUACUAUGCAGUCUUAAGGGUUAUUUAGUUUCAGGUGGCAGCAGAUGAUCCAAGUGGUCUUUGCAGAUGUUGCAUCGCUGUGUAGUUUGAAAAAAAAAUAAAAUAAAGAUACAGGAGCAGCUGAUCUUGAUUUAAGGCCUUGAUAGAUUACACACUGUGAACAAAGUCUCAGGUUAACUCAUUUAUGAGCCAUUUAGUCUGUUGUCAUUUUGUGUUUUUGCCACUUUUGAAAAGGCUUUGGGUUAAGUUAUUUUUUCUUUUACUUUGGUUUGGUAUUCACAUUACUUGUGUACGUUAUGUAAAAAAUGAAAAUAUUGUUUGAGAUUUGUAUGACACGUUUCAAUAAUAAAGUGAGGCGAAAAGCUG